CUUGGAUUGCUGAACUAAGAUAUUCUUGUGUUUUCUUCUGGGUAAGUGGGUAGCUAUGGUUGGCACUUGAAAGGUGUUGUCUUAGUUCUGAUUGUGGUCUAAACUGAACUGCAAAUCGCAGGCUUUCAAAGCUUUUCUCAAAAAAUGGAGGUUGUCAUGUUUAAGGGUUGGACUUUGUUCCUCCUCUUGGUUUUCUGCUUGUGGAUUCCUACGGAAGUGGUUGGAAGGACAGGAACUACCAUUGCAAACUCUACUAUUUCUUCCAGACCAAGUGUUUUGAGGAUUGGAGCCUUGUUUACUUUCGAUUCUGUCAUUGGAAGAUCGGCUAAAGCUGCAAUUAUGGCUGCUGUUGAUGAUGUUAAUGCUAAUACGAGCAUUCUCCAUGGUAUUAAAAUGGAAGUUAUUGUACAUAAUACAAAUUGCAGUGGGUUUCUUGGAACAGUGGAAGCUCUGCAGUUGAUGGAGAAUGAAGUGGUUGCUGCUAUUGGUCCACAGUCUUCUGGAAUAGCACAUAUAAUUUCUCAUGUGGUUAAUGAACUCCAUGUACCUCUUCUUUCAUUUGGUGCAACAGACCCCUCUCUAACUUCUCUGCAGUACCCAUAUUUUGUGCGCACCACCCAGAGUGACUAUUUUCAGAUGUAUGCAAUUGCAGACUUUGUUGAUUAUUAUAGAUGGAAGGAGGUAAUUGCCAUUUUUGUAGAUGAUGAUAAUGGGAGGAAUGGAAUUUCAGUACUGGGAGAUGCUCUUGCAAAGAAACGUGCCAAGAUCUCUUACAAAGCUGCCUUACUUCCUAAAGCCACCAAUAGUGAUAUCAGUGACUUGUUAAAUGGUGUAAACUUAAUGGAAUCACGGGUCUAUGUUCUGCAUGUUAAUCCUGAUUCUGGUUUGUCAAUUUUUUCUAUUGCAAAGAAGCUAGGAAUGAUGACCAGCGGCUAUGUGUGGAUUGCAACAGAUUGGCUUCCUUCAGUGCUGGAUUCAGUAGUAGCAGUUGACACUGACACUUUGAAUCUCCUACAAGGGGUUGUUGCUUUUCGCCACCACACUCCUGAUACUAAUCUCAAAAAGAGUUUUGUCAAUAGGUUGAGGAACUCAAAAGGCAAGGAAACUGCAAGCUUCAAUUCUUAUGCAUUAUAUGCAUAUGAUUCUGUUUGGUUAGCAGCUUAUGCUCUAGAUGUUUUCCUCAAAGAGGGUGGAAUUAUAUCUUUCUCUUCCGACCCUAAGUUGCAUGACACAAAUGGAAGCAUGUUGCAUUUAUCAUCACUUCGUGUUUUUGAAGGUGGUCCAUUGUUUCUGCAGACACUUUUGAGAAUGAACUUCACUGGUUUGAGUGGUCAAAUUCAGUUUGAUAUGGAAAAGAAUCUAAUUCGUCCAGCAUAUGAUAUACUCAACAUUGGUGGAUUUGGAACCCGGAGAAUUGGUUAUUGGUCUAAUUACUCCGGUUUAUCAGUUUUAGCUCCAGAAAUCUUGUAUAAGAAACCUCCUAACACUUCAACAAGCAACCAACAACUGCACAAUGUUAUAUGGCCUGGAGAAACUACAGCUACACCAAGAGGGUGGGUAUUCCCCAACAAUGGAAAGCCAUUGCGAAUAGCAGUGCCUUACCGAGUAGACUACUUGGAGUUUGUUGCUAAAGACAAGAACCCCCCUGGAGUAAAAGGCUAUUGCAUUGAUGUCUUUGAAGCAGCCAUAAACUUGUUGCCUUAUGCUGUGCCACGAGAAUAUAUAUUAUUUGGACAUGGUGAUAAAAACCCCAGCUAUGACGGCCUUGUGAAUCAGGUUGCACUAAAUAACUUUGAUGCAGCUGUAGGAGAUGUUACAAUUGUCCCAAACAGGACAAGGAUUUUGGAUUUUACUCAACCUUACAUGGAGUCAGGGUUGGUGGUUGUUGUUCCUGUCAAGGAGAUCAGAUCAAGUCCUUGGUCUUUCCUCAAGCCAUUCACCGCUCAAAUGUGGUGUGUUACUGGUGCCUUUUUUCUUUUUGUGGGAACCGUUGUAUGGAUUCUUGAGCACCGGCACAAUCCGGAGUUCCGAGGCAAGCCUACGAAACAACUUGCUACAGUCUUUUGGUUUAGUUUCUCAACAAUGUUUUUCUCACACAGAGAGAACACUGUGAGUACUCUUGGGCGGUUGGUGCUAAUCAUAUGGCUUUUUGUGGUGUUAAUUAUCAAUUCAAGCUACACAGCUAGCUUAACAUCCAUCCUCACAGUGCAGCAACUGUCAUCACAAAUUGAAGGAAUUGACAGCUUGAUCUCAGGUACUCAACCAAUUGGUAUUCAAGAAGGGUCAUUUGCACGGAAGUAUCUGGUAGAUGAACUCAACAUACAAGAAUCUAGGAUAGUUGCGUUGAAAAAUCAGGAAGCAUAUGUUCAUGCCCUUAUGCGUGGACCAAAAGGAGGAGGGGUUGUGGCCAUUGUUGAUGAGCUUCCUUACAUUGAGCUCUUCAUGUCCAAUACCAAUUGUAAAUUCAGAACCGUUGGGCAGGAGUUCACUAAAAGUGGUUGGGGAUUUGCAUUCCAGAGGGACUCUCCCCUUGCUGUUGAUAUGUCAACUGCCAUUCUUCAACUCUCUGAGAACGGUGACCUGCAAAAGAUCCAUGACAAAUGGCUUUUAAAACAUGAUUGUGCUGCAGUACUCGAUAAUGUUGAUUCAAAUAAACUAUCUCUGAGUAGUUUCUGGGGUCUCUUUCUUAUAUGUGGCAUUGCAUGUUUCCUUGCUUUGAUUGUGUUCUUUGUUAGAGUGCUCUGUCAAUAUACCAAAUUCAACCCAGAGACUGAGGAAACUGACUUAGAAAUUCAACCAGACAGCCGUAAAAGGACUAUCCGAACUAAGAGCUUCAAGGAUUUGAUGGAAUUUGUUGAUAAGAGAGAAAAAGAAAUCAAAGAGGUACUUAGGCAGAAGAGUAAAAAAAGGAGACUUAGCCAGGGCUCAGAUGGCCAAUCCAGUUCACCCAGCACCCAAGUAGAGUAACCAUGUACAUUUUUGUUGUUGUCUUCUUUUAUUGCUCUUAUUUUAGCUAAACCAGAUAAUAACAGUAUUCACAGAAAUAUAUCCAUGGGAAAUAUAAGUCUCGUGUUGUUGUGUAAGAAAGUUAUCUUACGCUAUACAUCCAUAGAAUUUUAU